CCCCCCCCUUCUCCUCCACUAGCUCACCGCGACUGGUUCUAGGGUUUAGGGUUUCCUCUGCAACACUCAAAUUACUUCAAAGAUGGAAGCAGAGGAUGAGUACAGAAAAAAGGCCCGCGUGGCACUGGUGGCCAUUGUCGUCCUCGCCUCCCUCGCCGUCGCUUCCUUACUCGUCGCCUUCAGCUACUACUGCUACAUUCGCAACAAGCUCGCCAAGCACCUCCACAGCAACCCCAAAGGAGGUGCUGCUGACCUGGAGAGCAAAGGUGGUUCGCCGAAUUCGAAAACAGCUGGCAGUGAUGGAGUGCAGGUCUUCACAUUUAAGCAGCUACAUUCGGCCACUGGGGGAUUCAGUAAGUCGAAUGUGGUCGGGAAAGGCGGGUUCGGGAUGGUGUACCGUGGGGUGUUGCAUGAUGGGAGGAAAGUUGCUAUUAAGCUUAUGGACCAAGCAGGGAGGCAAGGAGAAGAAGAGUUUGAAAUGGAGGUGGAGUUGCUAAGUCGGCUGCGUUCUCCAUAUUUGCUUCCGUUGCUUGGGUAUUGUUCAGAUAACAGUCGUAAGCUGUUGGUGUAUGAGUUCAUGGCAAAUGGUGGAUUGCAGGAACAUUUGUAUCCUGUCAGUGGUGGUUCUAAUGCCCUCUCCACAAAGUUAGACUGGGAAACUCGAUUGAGAAUAGCUCUUGAAGCUGCGAAAGGUUUGGAGUAUCUCCAUGAACAAGUUAGUCCUCCUGUGAUUCACAGAGAUUUUAAAAGCAGCAACAUUCUCUUGGACAAAACAUUCCAUGCAAAAGUUUCUGAUUUCGGAUUGGCCAAACUUGGAUCUGACAAAGCUGGAGGUCAUGUUUCUACCAGAGUGUUGGGCACACAGGGAUAUGUUGCCCCAGAGUAUGCAUUAACUGGGCAUCUGACAACUAAAUCAGAUGUAUACAGUUACGGGGUUGUGCUAUUGGAACUGCUAACAGGCAGAGUUCCAGUUGAUAUGAAGAGAGCCCCUGGAGAAGGGGUUCUUGUUUCUUGGGCUUUGCCACAGUUGACAGAUAGGGAGCAGGUUGUACAGAUCAUGGAUCCUGCAUUGGAGGGUCGAUACUCGAUGAAGGAGGUCAUUCAGGUUGCAGCAAUUGCUGCUAUGUGUGUGCAACCAGAGGCAGGUUAUAGACCACUGAUGGCAGAUGUUGUACAGUCACUGGUUCCGCUGGUGAAGAUUCAUAGGUCAACCUCCAAGGUAAACAAAUGUUCUAGUUUGCAUGCAACAAAGUCACCUGCACAGAAUUCUGGUUAAGCACGACGAUGAACUUAUCGAAGACAAGCUGACAAGCAGAAACUUUUCAUGAACUCUCUAGGUAUCUAGUUUUGAUCUUACACUUUUGUAGUCCUCUAGGGUGUUGUAGUUUCAUUAGAUUAGAGAGGAACCUAAAUCACUAUGUAAUGUGAUCUGAAUUAUGUAGUAGUUGGAAACAAAUCAUCUAAUUAAUAGGUUUCCUCUUUUUAACAAAACUAGUUUGGGUCGAAACUUUGAUAUGGUGAGGGCCUAAACCAGAAGCUAAAUACCAUAUACUAAUUGAAUAUGCAGCUUAAUUAGUAAUGGUUUACCUAAAUG